AUGAAGUUGGCCUCAUAUAACAUACGAGGGCUUGGGAGUAAGAUUAAGAAGCGAGAAAUUCGAGAGCUUAUUCAGAAACAGAUGAUCGAUCUUUGUUUGAUACAAGAAACAAAAAUGGAAAAUUUCAGUGAUUCCGAUUUGAGAAGUAUCUGGGGGUCCGAGAAAUUUGAUUUUGCAAGGAAACAGGCAGAGGGCAGAUUGGGGGGCAUCAUCUCAAUUUGGAAUCCAAUGAUUUUCUCCAGUUUGAGUCAGUGGGACAUUCCGGGAGCACUCAUCGUGAACGGUAAGUGGAUGUCUAACAAUCUUCUUGGAUGUAUUAUCAAUGUUUACGCUUUCCAGAUUUUGAGCGAUAGAGAGCUGUUAUGGGAUAGCCUUGGCAUGGUGAUUAGACAAAAUUGUGACUCAUGUAUUUGUAUAGCUGGGGAUUUUAACACCAUUCGAUAUGAUUUUGAAAGAGUUGGAAGAGGUCUGCAAUUUUCGUAUAGAGAUAUCUUGGCUUUUGAUAACUUCAUUAGGGCCAAUGAUCUUGUGGAAAUCAGGCUGCAAGGUAGGAAUUUCACUUGGUAUCAACCAAAUGGCCAAUGUAAGACUAAGCUCAAUCGUUUUCUCGUGAACGAGAAAUGGUUGGAAGUGUGGCCACACUCAAAGGCGAAUGGUUUACAAUGGUCAAUCUCUGACCAUUGUCCGAUCUUGCUGGAAACAAAAUGGGUUGAUUGGGGCCCCAAACCUUUUUGUUUCUUAAAUGCGUGGACUAGCCACAAGGAUUUUGAGAAGGUGGUAAAAGAAUCGUGGGACAGGAGCGGCAUCUUCGGUUGGAAAAGCUUCGUGUUCAAAGAAAAAUUGAAGAAGCUUAAGGGAGAUCUUAAGAAGUGGAAUUCCUCGACCUUUGGUUUAAUUGAGGUGAACAUCAAAAACUUGAAGGAUGAAAUCCAAACGUGGGAUGCAAUUGAUGAUUCUUUCGGGUUGGAAGAAGGAGAACUAAUCAAGAGGAACAAAGCCGCGACAAAUUUGAUCUUACAAUUGAAGAACAGAGAUAGCAUACUUUCACAAAAAUCAAGAGCUCGAUGGCUUGCCGAUGGGGAUGUUAAUAGCAUUUUUUUCCAUAAGGUGAUCAAAGGAAGAAGACUCAAAAAUGAGAUUUCAGGCUUGUGGAACAAUAAUCGCUGGAUAGAUGACCCAACUGAGGUAAAAAAUAUGGUAAAAGCUUUCUUUCAAGCUCAGUUCCAGAGCAGCCCUCGAGUUAGACCUCUGCUCCCAAAAAACUUUGUGCAAAAGAAGAUUCCUGACAACUAUCGAGAGUGGCUCGAUUCUCCCUUUCACAGAGGAGGAGAUUAA